AUUGUAAACAGGCGGAGGUUGGGGCGGGGUGGGAAUGGGGCGCCCGAGGCCGGCCAGGGGCGCAGCGCAGGAGGCGCCUACAGUGGCUGCGGCGGCACGGUGAGCGCGAGGAGGCGGUGGCUGCGGUGGCUGCGGCGAGGGCGGGCGGUCGCGCGGCGGCAGACACAGGUGUAAUGGAUAGGUAACAGAGAAACCCUCCUCACUGUCUCGUCAGGGAGGCAGAAUGACUGAGUGCUUCCUGCCCCCCACCAGCAGCCCUAGUGAGCACCGCAGGGUGGAGCAUGGCAGUGGUCUUACCCGAACCCCCAGCUCCGAGGAGAUCAGCCCUACCAAGUUUCCUGGAUUGUACCGCACUGGCGAGCCCUCACCUCCCCAUGACAGCCUUCAUGAGCCUCCUGACAUAGUGUCUGAUGAUGAGAAAGACCAUGGGAAGAAAAAAGGAAAAUUUAAGAAAAAAGAAAAAAGGACUGAAGGCUAUGCUGCCUUUCAGGAAGAUAGCUCUGGGGAUGAAGCUGAAAGUCCUUCCAAAAUGAAGAGGUCCAAGGGAAUCCAUGUUUUUAAGAAGCCCAGCUUUUCUAAAAAGAAAGAGAAAGAUUUUAAAAUAAAAGAGAAACCCAAAGAGGAAAAACAUAAAGAAGAAAAGCACAAAGAAGAGAAACAUAAAGAGAAGAAGUCAAAAGACUUGACAGCAGCUGAUGUUGUUAAACAGUGGAAGGAAAAGAAGAAAAAGAAGAAGCUGAUUCAGGAGCCAGAGGUGCCUCAGGUUGAUGUUCCAAAUCUCAAACCCAUUUUUGGAGUUCCUUUGGCUGAUGCAGUAGAGAGGACCAUGAUGUACGAUGGCAUUCGGCUGCCGGCGGUUUUCCGUGAAUGUGUAGAUUAUGUAGAGAAGUAUGGCAUGAAGUGUGAAGGCAUCUACAGAGUGUCAGGAAUUAAGUCAAAGGUGGAUGAGCUGAAAGCAGCCUAUGACAGAGAAGAGUCUCCAAAUUUGGAAGAAUAUGAGCCUAACACUGUAGCCAGUUUGUUGAAGCAGUAUUUGCGAGACCUUCCGGAGAAUCUGCUUACCAAAGAGCUGAUGCCUCGCUUUGAAGAGGCUUGUGGGAGGAGCACAGAGAGUGAGAAGGUGCAGGAAUUCCAGCGCUUGCUCAAAGAACUGCCAGAAUGUAACUAUCUUCUGAUUUCAUGGCUGAUCGUGCACAUGGACCACGUUAUCGCGAAGGAACUGGAAACAAAAAUGAAUAUACAGAACAUUUCCAUAGUGCUCAGCCCAACUGUCCAGAUUAGCAAUCGUGUCCUAUAUGUGUUUUUCACACAUGUGCAAGAGCUCUUUGGAAAUGUGAUACUAAAGCAAGUGACAAAACCUCUUCGAUGGUCUAACAUGGCCACUAUGCCUACACUGCCAGAGACCCAGGAGAACAUCAAGGAGGAGAUCAGAAGACAGGAGUUUCUUUUAAAUUGUUUACAUCGAGAUUUGCAGGCUGGGAUAAAGGAUUUAUCUAAAGAAGAAAGGUUAUGGGAAGUACAAAGAAUUUUGACAGCCCUCAAAAGGAAACUAAGAGAAGCUAAGAGACAAGAGUGUGAAACCAAGAUUGCACAAGAGAUCGCCAGUCUUUCAAAAGAGGAUGUUUCCAAAGAAGAAAUGAAUGAAAAUGAAGAAGUCAUAAAUAUUCUCCUUGCUCAGGAGAACGAGAUCCUGACUGAACAGGAGGAGCUUCUAGCCAUGGAGCAGUUUCUACGCCGACAGAUUGCCUCUGAAAAAGAAGAGAUCGAACGCCUUAGAGCUGAGAUUGCUGAAAUUCAGAGCCGCCAGCAGCAUGGCCGCAGCGAAACCGAGGAGUACUCCUCCGACAGCGAGAGUGAGAGUGAGGAUGAAGAGGAGCUGCAGAUCAUCUUGGAGGACCUACAGAGGCAGAACGAAGAGCUGGAAAUAAAGAACAAUCAUUUGAAUCAAGCAAUUCACGAAGAGCGAGAGGCCAUCAUUGAGCUGCGGGUGCAGCUCCGCCUGCUUCAGCUGCAGCGAGCCAAGCCUGAGCCGCCAGGGCAGGAAGACGAGGAGCCCGAGAGGCGCGGGGGCGCCAUCCAGCCACCCAGAGACGGCGCCCCAGAGUCGAAAGCGGCUAAGGAGCAGGCCAAGCCGUCACCGAGCAGAGACAGGAAGGAGACGCCCAUCUGAGCAGCCCAGAGCCGACGAGACCCGUGCAUCUUACUGUAACCCCGAGA